CACAAACACGUUUUUGUCACUCACGGACAGAGUUUUGUUUGUAAAAUUGUUAUAUUUACGAGGAAAGACGGGCGCUCAAAUUUCUAGGAAAGCGAUAUUUUGACACCGAAGAUGGCAACUGGCGACGCGUCACGGUACACUAAAGUACUUUUUACUGGACCACCCGGAAUUGGAAAAACUACUAUAUGUAAAAAAUUAGUUUCACUGCUCGAAAAACAGAAUUAUACUAUUGAUGGAUUUUACACAGAGGAAGUUCGAGACUCGAAAAAAAGCAGAAUUGGAUUUGAUGUAGUUUCUAUCAAGAAUUCAGAAAAUCGAGCUCCUCUCGCCCGCGUAGCAGACGUCUUGACUCAGCAACAAUUUCAGAAACAUCGCGUAGGCAACUAUCACGUAUUCACAGAAAACUUCGAACGCAUCGCUUUACCAACUUUAAAUUCCAAAACCGACAUAGUAUUCAUCGAUGAAAUAGGAAAAAUGGAAUUAUUCAGCGAAAAAUUCGCCACGACUAUAAAGAACCUUUUUUUUGGAAAAAGGAACAAAAAGUGUAUCGUUGCUACAAUACCUCCAAUCCACAAAGUCCCCCAAAAAUAUCUCUCGUUCUUCAGACAUUUUCACGAAGAUGAUUCGUGUAAAUUUAUCGAGGUGACUCGUCAAAAUCGGGAAAACUUACCACAGGAAAUGUCCACGACAGUCUCCAGCAUUUUGCGAAAAGUUUAAUUACUAUACUAUUAAAAAAGAUGAUCCAUUACGUUACAAUUAUUCAUUAUAUUAGAAGAUAUUCUUAAAUAUCUC